CCCGGGCCCGCUGGGAAGGAAAGGAGGGCGGACGUGCCUGGCGCAAGGUGAAGGCGAACACCUGGACGUCCGCGUGCGCGGGGCGGGCGCUAGGACCCGAGCGGCGCACCUGUUGGCUGGCGCCCCGGGCCCCGCCCGCCACCCCGAGCGCCCGGCCCGGCGAGGGCGAAGGCAGGAGGGACGGUGCGAGCGGGGGGCACCGGGUGGUGGCGGCGGCGGCGGCCCCGGGAUCACCAUGGCCGAGCUGCUCUGGAGCCUGCAGGAUUCCCAGCUCGUCGCCCGCUUCCAGCGCCGCUGCGGGCUCUUCCCCGCGCCGGAUGAAGGCCCCGGCGAGCCCUGUGCUGGCCCCGCGGAGGGCGCGGCGCGGGCGCCCGGGCUCGGGCAUCUCCCCGCAGCCAAAGGCAGGGGCGCCGGGGAGCCGGCCAGUGGGCUGCGGAGAGUCGCGGUCCCGCAGGCUUAUGUACAGAAGUACAUUGUGAAGAAUUAUUUCUACUAUUACCUAUUCAGAUUUUCAGCCGCUUUGGGACAAGAAGUGUUCUACAUAACAUUCCUUCCGUUCACUCACUGGAAUAUUGAUCCUUAUUUGUCCAGAAGACUGACCAUAAUAUGGGUUUUGGUGAUGUAUAUUGGUCAGGUGGCCAAGGAUGUCUUGAAGUGGCCCCGCCCCUUCUCCCCUCCUGUUGUGAAACUGGAGAAGAGAGUGAUUGCUGAGUAUGGGAUGCCGUCCACCCACGCCAUGGCAGCCACCGCCAUCUCCUUCACCCUCCUUAUCUCUACCACGGACAGAUACCAGUAUCCCUUUGUUUUGGGACUGAUGACGGCUGUGGCGUUUUCCACGUUGGUGAGUCUCAGCAGACUUUACACUGGGAUGCACACAGUCCUGGAUGUGCUGGGUGGCAUCCUGAUCACCGCCAUCCUCAUCGUCCUCACCUACCCCGCCUGGACCCUUAUCGAUCGCCUGGACUCGGCCAGCCCCCUCUUCCCUGUGUGUGUCCUGGUGGUGCCAUUCUUCCUGUGCUACAGUUACCCCGUGUCUGAUUACUACAGCCCGACCAGAGGGGACACCACCACCAUCAUGGCUGCCGGGGCUGGGGUGACCAUAGGAUUCUGGAUCAACCAUUUUUUCCAGCUCGUGUCCAAGCCCACGGAAUCCCUCCCUGUUAUUCAGAACAUCCCACCGCUCACCAGCGACCUGUUAGUUUUGGGUCUGACCAAAUUUACUGUGGGAAUUGUGCUGAUUCUCCUGGUUCGUCAGCUUGUACAAAACCUCUCGCUGCAAGUGUUGUACUCCUGGUUCAAGGUGGUCACCAGAAACAAGGAGGCCAGGCAGAGGCUGGAGAUCGAAGUGCCUUACAAGUUUGUCACCUACACGUCAGUUGGCAUCUGUGCUACCACCUUCGUGCCAAUGCUACACAGGUUUCUGGGAUUACUGUGAGCCUCAAGUGGUCGGAAAUUAGCUCACUGGACAUGAGAGCAAGACACCAAAAAGCUGUUGAGUGGGGAAGUUUUGACAACACAUUUUUCUUUAAAAAAAAAAAAAAUUCCCUAAGUCACAUGUUUGUUUUGCUGAUACCUGAGAUAAAUGUUGCUGCUUUAUGGAAGGAAAAAUGGUCUCACGGUGACCACUAGCCUUUAAGCGUCAUGUUGCAGAUGAAGCCAGGCAAACCCACAGCUGAGUUCUUUAAGGCGCCCCACCCUGUCCAUUACUUGGACUUUGAACCAGUCCUGGGCUGGCAGGAGUUGUGGCCUGGCUUAGGAACGGCCACAAGCCCCCCCUGGGUUCUGGAGAGCCUAAAGAGACGGGCAUGAUCCAGGAGGCUGGACGUCGGGCGUUCCUUUUCAGCUGUGACCUUGCCCAGCACUGAGUCUCAUUUCCAAAACUGGAAUGUUGGUCCAAGAGAAAGGGUGGCGCCACGUGAAACUGCGUUCCUUGGACAGGGCGACUUUCUGGUCAUGAUGAUCACAUUAGACAGUGCCUGCUUGGGGGGAAAGAGCACUGUGAACCUCGCUGGGAAGCAUGAAAGGCGGGGGCAAAGCUGGCGAGGUCACAGGCAUCAGCCUGCUUUCCUUAUGCAUCCUGGUCUCUGUCAGGUGCAUACUGGACAGGGGUCCUCUCCUCCUCGUUUGUACACUUUGCAAGAUUCCAGGCACCAUUUCUAUCCUCUUCUGACCCAUGAACCCAACUGGCUGCUCCCUUCUCACCUCAUCUGGGUUCCUCUGAGUGUCCUGCUCUGUCCUGCAUCAGAGUGACUUGGGACAAGCCCUCUGCUUCAGCUUUUUUGCUUCCUUACAAACUGGGAAGACAGUGUUGUCUGUCCGUGAAAGUGGAUCAAUAGAAGAACAGAUGAACAUAAUCCUUCCUGGGGCCUGACAGAGGGAAUAGGCCUCCCUCCCUGACACUGUUCCUCCACUUAGUUUCCUAAAUCUAUUUGCUCAUCUGAAUAGAACCAGUGGCUCCCUUUCCAUCUUCCCACCUCUUUCUUACCUCUUGGCAAUUUUAAGGGGAAUUAAUGCAAGAACCACAUCAGCCUCUCUUAGGAAAACAAGCCAACAAAAUACAACACCCUUUAAAUCUCGGGAGAGGCCUUAGACUUAGGAAGGUGGUCAUUAUGCAGACAACCCCCUGCAGGGGCUCCUCUUCAGUUCUUAAGAAUGAGGAGGAACAGGUAUCAACAAUGUUCUUAAAAGUGAGUAUCAACAUGUAAUUAACGACGUGUCUUUUGCGUGUAGUGCCUGAGCUGCUGAAGCCAACGAUUUAUAACCCUCUUGCAUCCUCACCAUGCACACACUUCGGGGGAAAAUUAGCCUGCCUGGAGAGUCAGGCCCUUACCUCUGCAUCCAGCGUGAAAACUGAACACCCGUUUCUCCUGAUUUUGAAUACGCACCCUGGCCUUUUGGUUGUGAUGAUCCUUAGUAUUUGACUUAAUGCUCCAGUUUAUUGAAAAGAAUAAUUGUAAGACAUCCUGUUUUUCCUUCAAAUUCUUCUGACAUUUUUCACAGUUAGAGGGCAGGGGUCAAAAUGACCUGCCGUUUGCCUGUUUUUAGAUCAUACUCUGACCAGUAUUUGUGGCACCGUGAUGGCGAGAUGCCCCAGCUCACGGGCACCCCUGCCCUAGGCCGCCCCACAAUGCAGUGCAUGGGGCACUUCCCUGUACCUCCGUCCCCACAGGCUGCCAAACUCGAGGUCACAGUGCUAGCUAAUAUUUACGCGAAAUGAUUUUAGUUGAUUUCUCUGAAGCCAACUAGCAAAAAGAUCAGCCUUUUCCACUUGUAUCUUUUGAGAAGGGCCAUAAUUACUGUCACAGCAGUGGGUGUGGGUGAUUCAUUUGUGUGUGUAAAUUUUACUGAUGUCCUUUCGUUUUAAGUCCCAACAAUAGGACUGCGAUCAGCUGUAUUAUAUAUUUAAGGCUGUACUUACACAAUUUGGAUUGAGGAUGAGUAUGUUAGCCCCAGCUCGUUGAAGAAAGACCCAUGGAUUUGUCAUGGUUGGUCGCUUUUCAAAGUCUCUUGAUAUAGCAUCUGAAGAAUAAAAUGUGCAUAUUGGUGAGGCCAAGCUUAGUUUUUGAGCACUACAGCUCUGUGGCUUAGAAACUGGUUGGAAAAGUCCUUACCUGAUUCAAACUGCAGCUCGGCCAGCCCUCUUCAUUCACUUCACACAGCGCUUCACUCUGUUAGACCCUCACACCCUCUCAGUCUCUCCUUCACGCACGCACGCACGCGCGCGCACACACACACACACACACACACACACGCCCCUUCAAAGACUAUAUGCCUUCUGUCUCUGACCUUUGGAUUGUCUCUCUGGGGAAAGACUGCCCCCUGCUGGCUUGCGUCAGGCUUGGUCCAGAGCCUCUCUCUUGAACGGGAGUCCUGGAGGAGUUUCAGAAUCCAGCUCACCGUGAUGUAUCCAAUCUAAGCUUAGGACCUGCGGUCUGGCCAGUCCUGAACUUGGAAAUGGUGACAGCAGAGCCCUCGGGGUCGUUGGCCCCUCCAGGAAGAACACACGCCCUGUUCCUGGUGGUCCUCAUCCCGCCCGCAGCCCACCACCUCUCUGGACCAGGACAUCACCCUGUGACUGUCAUUUUAAACAGCCAUCAUCUCAGGCCAGCUUUGCUCGGACUUGCACCAUAACAGAAUAUGCAAAAGAAAACGCAGACGAGACCAUGAACUAAAAACCCUCAACAGCUGAAAUCGCCCCUCCACGUGCCUGCAGAUCACAGUGUAGCACAGGAUUUUCUUGCCCAAAAGUCGACUCAUGCUUCCCGAGUGUAACCAAAGCAUGUGGUGUUUCGGGGCCAUAGGCUCCGGGUUUCUAUUUUUGAAACUUUCAGCUGUCUUGCUUAUGUACCGUAUGUAAAUUUAUUCUUUUUAAAAUAAAAUCAUUUUUCUUUGAUUAAGACUUAUUAAAUGCUUUAAAAGCCCAGUGUUCUACCACCUUGGAAUUUUUUUUUUCCUAGAUCUUUUUCCCCCAGAUCCUCAGGGUUCACGCGACCUGAGUUGAGAAGAGGCGACAAAAAUAAACAGGAGGCUGUACAAUUCUCUAUCGCUGUCAUGAUUCAGUCACGUGCAAAUGUUGGUGAGCAUCGUAGAUAGCAGCCACAGGUGUGAUGAACAGGAAGUAAGUGGUAAGAUUGCAUGCUUAAUUACCCUCCUUCAACUCCUUGAUACUAAAGAGCAUCCUCUUAACCAUACGUAGAGAUAAAUGUCACUAUGUAUUGAAAGGUAAAUGUUAAAGGUGAGGCUGGUAAAGGUAAGUAAAACAGAUGAGUGUGUUGUCUGCUGAACAAAAUGGACAUGACCGCAUUUCACAUUCACAUCAUUGCAACAAUAUGCUCUGCCUUUAAGCGUCCCUUGCUAUUUGAAAUGGUGCCAGAAGCUGAUGACGCUCUUCUUUGCAAGGCUGAGGCUAGGACCUAUUUGUACCUUGAAUGCUGUGUAUUUCAUUAAUACCUAAUAUGCUGCAUGCUUGAGGCCGGAUGAGACCUCAUCUGCCCUGUGGAGUUCUCUCCAGAGAGAGGAGACUCAGGCUCAGAAAAUUACAAUCCGAGACCCAAAGUGUUAAGGCUGUAGGGAAAAGAUAACUUUGUAGUGUGAAUUGAGAAGAGGGAGAGAGGAAUUCCAUCUUUGAGGUCUGUGACUCAAGGGAGGCUCGUGGGAAAAGUAGUGUGUGAGCCAGGCUUAAAGAACAGAUGGGGUUUGCACAGGGAUGUGAUGCACAGUAGGUAUGAGAUGGUACUCCAUGGUGAGGGCACAGCUUGCCAGAGACACUUCUCCAAAAACCUCCAGCUCUAACAAAGAGAAGACAGACCACACCCGUGCUGGUGAGUGUGUGUGGGAAUAACAGUGGUGGCAGGGGUGGGAUAAACGGUCAGCAAGGGGCUUUGAUGUUGCAGAACCGAAUCACGAGAACAGGAAGGAAGCAGAAGCAGCUCUUUAGUCCAUUUCCUUGCCUCCACAUGGGACCAUCCAGAGGAGUUGACAUCUACAGGCGAUUAGUCUCCUUUCAUUGUUCUUCAUUCGAAUAUUUACCCGUGGGUGCCUUCCCUUUCUGCCGUCUCUGAACCUGUCAUUCCCACGUCCUCUUGUUCGUCUCUCAGCAGACGGGACGGCAGCGAGGGACUCAGUCUGUGCCCUUGGCGCCCGUGCCUCUUCCCUCUUCUCUUUGCUCAGCUCCCUGAAGCAGUCCCAUGAAACUUCAUCUUAAAAACAUUUUACCACGAUCCUGGCUCUUUCCAGGACCUGUAAAUACUCCACGUUGCUCUUUGAUGAUCAAGAACCAAGCCCUGUUUCUCUAGUAAGAGAGGUUAACCAGAAACAAGUGGGAUGUGAGUAUAGACGUAUCUCGUUUUAUGGGAUAGAUGUUUUCCUAAAAGCCGCCUGUGUUUUGAUUGUUUAAAUGUGAAUUUUAAGUGCACUGAGGGAUUUGCUGUUUAAAAGUCAUAUGGCAGUUCUUCAUUUCUGUAAACAUAAGGCUCCUUAAUGGAUUAUUUGGGACACACCACGCACGCAUUUUUUUCUUCAAGUGGGGCACACCUGUAGUGCAGACUUGACUACUUACAGGAUGCAUACUAAGAAGAAUGAGAGCUGAAUGUUAAAUUCUUAAAACUGUAGCCUCAUGAGACAAGGGAAAUCUAUACGAAGCCAAAAUCCUUUUUCUUCUUCCACGCCUGUCUGUAUAGCAAGCAAAAGCCAGCAAGACAAGCAGGGAUGUAGCUGGAGUUCCGGCUGGGACGCUUCUUCGCUGCGCACACUCAACACACCUGCUGGCACCUGUAGCUGGCACUCUCUCGCUAUGACAUCAGGGUCCCCUUGGUUAGAGCACAAGCCAGAUUCUUUCUCAAUGGAGAGGUUCAAAGAAUGUCAAUGCCUCUUCAAUACACACAAAGCCAGCCUUAGAGCACUGCGGGUGGGGCAGGGUGACAGUUGGUACUGCCAUCAUGCCAUCUACCUGCAUGCGUGAGCCUAAAUAGGAGCCAGGAUCUCCUGGGCUUCCAGUCUGCAGUGUCAUGUGGGAACCAGGUGGAUGAACCUGUGACAGGGGAAACUGCGCAGGGCACACUAAACACAGACCAUUUUAGCCAUCUUAAUCAGGUACUGAUAAAAAUAUUUGGCUGGAAAACUAUUUUUGCUGUGGGGGAAUAAAACCACAGCUUAACGUAAAUUCUUCACGAAGUGAGUCAAUCAGUUCUGCUAUUAAAUAGGUAAUAGUAUUUUCAUCAGGGUAUCCCUUUCCACUUUAUCUCCAACAUCAUAGUUUUUUCACUGAUAGAAAUUCAAAAUAUCCACCUUCCACGUCUCGACUUGUUCAAUCUUCGCUCUGGCUUCUUAAAGAUAUGGGAUAGAGUUAUAAUAUCCUUGUCUAUUAAUUUGAUCAGCUACGUAAUUUUUCAGUCUGUUUUUUAUUCAUUUUUCCC